AUUCUCUGAACUCAUCUCUUGAAAACAUUCAAGAUCGAUCAAAUCUUUCUCGAUCAAAAUAAGAAAAAAUCAUUUGAGAAACACAUGUUUACGAUUAUUUGAUAUUUUAUUCCAGGAUCAGAUAUUUGCUUUUCUUUUGGGGGACAAAAAAAAGAUGGAAACUAUUGGUGGGUUUCACAAGGAAGAUGAUGAGCAGAUGGAUUUGCCUCCUGGUUUUAGGUUUCAUCCAACAGACGAAGAAAUUAUAACCCACUAUCUACACAAGAAGGUUCUCGACAAAGAUUUCUCGGCUAAAGCUAUUGGCGAGGUGGACUUGAACAAAGCUGAACCAUGGGAGUUGCCGUAUAAAGCAAAAACGGGUGAGAAAGAAUGGUACUUCUUCUGUGCGAGGGAUAGAAAGUAUCCAACCGGUCUGAGGACUAACCGGGCAACUCAAGCCGGUUAUUGGAAGGCAACCGGGAAGGAUAAGGAGAUUUUCCGAGGAAAAUCGCUUGUUGGUAUGAAGAAAACACUUGUUUUCUACAAAGGAAGAGCUCCAAAAGGCUUGAAAACAAACUGGGUGAUGCAUGAGUAUAGGCUUGAUGGGAAACUCUCUGCACACAACUUGCCCAAUACCGCUAAGAAUGAGUGGGUGAUAUGCAGAGUGUUUCAUAAAACCGAUGGAGGCAAGAAGAUCCCACUUUCGGCUUUAAUCCAAAUUGGUUCGUAUGGAGGGUCCAAUUUACCACCUUUAACCGAUUCUUUACCAUACAAUGAUGUAACCAAGACCGAACCGGUUUACGUGCCCUGCUUCUCCAACCAAACUGAGACCAGAGGAACACUACUCAGUUACUUCAGCAACUCCGCACUUUGCUCGAUUCCACUCUACCAACCUCAAUCUCUCCAGGUUUUCGAGAAUCUACAGACUACUCAUCAGAUUCUUACUCAAGAACACUCCGUUUCUCAUCAAGAAGUUCCUUCUUCCUCCGCCGGUCCGGUUGAUCUUGAAUCUUUCUGGAGUUACUGAAGAUACAUAAUUUAUAGCGUGGUGUUGCUAAGUUUGUAUAGAUUGUUUAUAUCAAUACUUCCACUCCUAAUGUUUUUUCUAUUAUUAUACUCAACUGAAAUUUACUACUAGAGAUUGGAUAGAAAGGAGGAGAAGCAUCAAA